GUGUAGUGUUUUUUUUUUAGAGUGGUUUUUCAUGCUGGAUAACAUUCAACUAUAAUAACCAGUUGUUUGAAGCUAUUUAUUUGUUCAGAUAUUCUAAUCUUAGAGAAAAUUUAGCCCACUUUUAAGGUUAAUAUUUAAAUACAUUUUUGACUUUCAUUAAAACAUAAAAUUAAUAUACCAACAAUUUGAAGUUGUUUAAGAACGUAGUUAAAAAUACCUACAAGGGCUGACAGAAAAGAUUGUUAACACACACACAAAUGUCAGAAUUGCAAUUUCAAAAAAAGGUUAAAGAACUUAUCCCUAAUGAAGAUGAUAGGGAUCAGCUGUUCAGUUUGCUUCGUCAUUACCAGGCGACCCAAGACUUGAACAGGCUUCUGUCAGACCUGCGUAUUCUACUCAAUGAGCCCAACAAGCUGGAGCUGUAUGAUUUUAUGAGGCCCAUGAUUCUAAUGAGACACCAGAUAGAAUACAGUAGAAGGGUGCCAGCUGUUCCAGGUGUAAAGCUGCGAGUGAUUCGACUGAUGCGCAGACCAGGGGAGAGCCUGGGUUUUGCUGUCAGAGGAGGUUUUGAACAUGGAGUUGGUAUUUUUGUUACACAAGUGACAUUAGGAUCUCAAGCAGAGAAGCAGGGACUUCGAGUGGGAGAUGAAAUAGUGAAGGUAAAUGGAUUUAAUAUCUCAGAAGCCAUACAUGAAGAUGUACUUAAUCUGAUAAAAUCUAAGGAUGAAAUUGUUUUGAAGGUCACAAAUAUUGGAAUGCUGCCAACAAAAAAUGAGCCAACAGAUCUAGUAAAAUGGGAGUAUGUCAAUUCUUUGUUAGAGGAUUCUAAUCAAGAUGAGGGUAAAAGAAAUCAACCCCGAGAUAUCAAAAUAUUUAUUGACAGUUCUGGCCACGCCUCCAUUGGCUGCAGUAUCUUUAGUGAAAGUGGUCCCACUGCCCGCUACCCUGGCAUCUAUGUUGAGAAAGUCCGACCAGGAAGUAUAGCUGAGGAGGUGGGUUUGGAGGCAGGGGACCAGAUAGUUGAGGUCAAUGAUAUCAGUUUUAGAAACAUCACAUGGAAAGAGGCUGUCUUGGCUUUGAAAAGUAGUCGACAAUUGAACAUGAUCAUCAGGAAGAAAACAGGUUCCCAGCAGCUCCAGCG